AUGUCAUUGCCGCCUAUUUGGCUGCCCCGCGAAUUGAGCUCCGCCACACAACCAGGCGCCAGCUUGGUGGCCUUGGAGGCUCACCUCACCACAACUGAACCAGAAGCCGACACUGCAGCUUCAAACGCCAUCAUGUGUUUCGGAGGAAAGAAUGAGAGAUCUGACGAUCCCCCACCGCGACCUGCCCAAAAUUACCAGAGUCAGAGCAACGCCGGCGACAACAAGAGGAGCAGCUUUGCGAGCAACAGACCCUACAACAAUCGCCCCGACCUGAACGGAUCCGGCAACACCGCCGCGGGCCUGUCGGCACCAGGAUCACAGCAGUACGCUCCGCCUCCCGGCCCCCCGCCAUCUCACAGCCAGCAGCAGCCGCAAGACAGCUUUGCUCCCCCUUCCGGGCCCCCACCGUCGCACAAGCCGCAGCACCCGGCGCAGGACGAGUACGCACCACCGCCCGGCCCCCCGCCGUCCAAGGGCCGCGACAACACCGCCUGGAUAGCGCCGCCGCAAGACGGCGGCCCCUCGCAGCAGCAGCACAACUGGGAGGCGGCCGUGCCGGACACGUCGCUGUUCCCGCCGCCGCCGGCCAUCUUUAGCGGCUACGAGCGCUCCCCUGCGAACAAUGCCACCGAGGCCGAGGCCGAGGCCGGCGAGGCCUGGUGCGCGCAGUACCCCCUCUCCCAUCCCAUGCAGCUGGACGCAGCCGGCGCCGAGGCCCUCGCGCACCGCAACUUCCGCCUCGUCGAGCCCGCGGGCUUCGACGGGCGCCUGACCUGGCAGGGGCCGGGUGCCUGGGCGGUGACGACCGGGCGCAACGCGCAGGACCGCACGCUCAUCAGCUACCCGCCGCUGUACGUGGUGUCGCAGCACGACCCGACGAGCACGGGCCGGCCGACGACGGCGUACUACGAGGUGACGAUUCGCCAGAGCAGCCCCUCGGUCAACGUGGCGCUGGGCUUUACCGCGCUGCCGUACCCGGGCUUCCGCCUGCCGGGCUGGCACCGCGGGUCGCUGGCCGUGCACGGCGACGACGGCCACAAGUACAUCAACGACCGCUGGGGCGGCAAGGACUUUACGGCCGUGUUUCGCCGCGGCGAGACGUACGGGAUCGGGUUGAAGAUGUCGCCCUCGCGCGAGGCGGCGCACCGGGUGCACGUGCAAAUCUUUUUGACGCGCAACGGCGUCGAGACCGGCGGCUGGAACCUGCACGAGGAGACGGACGCCCAGGAGGACCUGCCCGUCACGGGCCUGGAGGGCUUCCACGACUUGUGCGCCGCCGUCGGCUCGUUUGAGGGUACCGAGUUUGACGUAGUCUUUGAUCCGGCCAAGUGGAAGUACCAGGGCAUCGAGAAGGAGUACUAG